UUGAAAGUAGAGUAACGCUAUCAAUUCCACGUUUUUUCCCUCUAAAAUGGCAGCAAGAAAAAUGCGGGUGGAGGAGCUGCGAACAGAGCUUGACCAGCGUGGACUCUCCACCACCGGAACAAAGCCCACUCUGGUACGUAGGCUUGAAGCGGCUCUUCGCAAAGAAGCUCGGAACGAGACGAGUGUCGCUGAUGCUUGCUCCUCUAGUAGAAAGAGACCAAGAGAUUGUGAAAAUGGGGAUUCCAACCACUCGAACGAAGUCACGGUUGCAGAGGAGACAAGAGAAGAGGAAAAGAUAGUAACUGCCACCAAAAAUGGUGCUGCUGUUCUCGAUCAGUGGCUCCCCGAUCACGUGAAGACACGCUAUCAUGUUCUGCAACUGGGUGGUGAAAUCUAUGAUGCCAUGUUGAAUCAGACAAAUGUUGGGGACAACAAUAACAAAUUUUAUGUGAUUCAAGUUCUUGAAUCUGACAAUGGUGGUGAAUUCCUUGUUUACAAUAGAUGGGGAAGGGUAGGUGUAAAGGGCCAAGACAAGAUACAUGGCCCUUACACAUCAUGUGGUAGCGCCAUCCAGGAGUUUGAGCAAAAGUUUUUAGCAAAGACCAAGAAUACUUGGUCUAAUAGGGAUAAUUUUGUUUGCUAUCCAAAGAGUUAUGCAUGGUUGGAAAUGGACUACAGUGGCAAGGAACAAGAAUCCACAGUUACAGAAAACCCUGGCCAUGCUUUAGGAAAGCAGCCACUGGAAUCAAAACUUGAGUCGCGUGUUGCAAAAUUUAUAUCUCUUGUUUGCAAUGUGAGCAUGAUGAAUCAGCAAAUGAUGGAAAUAGGGUACAAUGCAAAUAAGUUGCCUCUUGGAAAACUUAGCAAAUCAACAAUUUUGAAGGGCUAUGAUGUUCUCAAAAGACUUGCUGAUGUGAUUGAUAAAUCAGAUAGGAAAAUUCUGGAGCAAUUAAGUGGAGAAUUCUACACUGUAAUUCCUCAUGAUUUUGGAUUCAAAAAAAUGCGUGAGUUUGUAAUUGACACCCCUCAGAAGUUAAAACGCAAAUUAGAAAUGGUUGAAGCUCUAGGUGAAAUUGAGGUUGCCACAAAGCUCUUGAACAAUGAUACAGAAAUGCAGGGAGAUCCCCUGUAUACUCAUUAUCAGCGCCUUUGUUGUGAACUGGUACCCGUUGAAUUUGGCUGUGAGGAAUUCUCUAUGAUUGAAGAGUAUAUGAAGAACACUCAUGCAAAAACACAUUCAAACUACACCGUGGAAAUUGUUCAAAUAUUCAGGACAUAUAGAGAAGGCGAGACUGAACGGUUCAGAAAGUUUGCUAGUACAAAAAAUAGAAUGCUUUUAUGGCAUGGUUCUCGGCUCACAAACUGGACUGGAAUUUUAUCUCAAGGUUUGCGCAUAGCUCCUCCUGAGGCACCUGUAACCGGCUACAUGUUUGGGAAGGGGGUGUACUUUGCUGACAUGUUCUCCAAAAGUGCAAAUUAUUGCUAUGCUACUCGUACUGCAAGAGAUGGGGUGCUCCUUUUGUGUGAGGUUGCACUUGGUGAGAUGGUUGAGCUUCUAACUGCUAAAUAUGAUGCUGAUAAGCUGCCUGAAGGAAAACUGAGCACAAAAGGAUUAGGAGGUACAGCGCCUGAUUUUUCAAAAGCUCGGGAGCUGGAGGAUGGGCUCGUUGUUCCCCUAGGAAAGCCAAAAAAGAAUUUAGGCAUAAUGGGCGGCGAUCUAUUGUACAACGAAUACAUUGUUUAUAAUGUGGAGCAGAUUAGGAUGCGCUAUAUUGUUCACGUAAAUUUCAAUUUUAAGAACAGAAGUUAGCUGCUAGACGUGAUCUUUCAUCAUUAUCUAGUUCGCCAAGCCGAUCAACAACGAGGGUUAGUGUAAAUUUUUUACACAGGAAAGUGAUGAGGCUUGCAUUGUGGCGAAGAGAAAUGAAGUCAAAUGGUAGUCAUUGAUUUCGUAUCUUUUUAAUAAUAUUGUAAGCCGAAACAAAUAAAUGGAAACUAGGAAGAGAUAGAUAAGAAAGGUUGUAACGUCAAUAAAAAACAUUAACUAGUAGAGACAAAUAGGUAGAAGUGUUUCCUCGUUUAUUUUAUUUUUUAUUUAUACUUGGAUCAGCAUUAUGCACUUGUCCGGGAGAAACAAAAACUUAUUUAGAUAAAAAUGGCCAUGUUUUGUUAAG